GGCUGACGUGUCCGGACGAGAAGCGAAACACGGGGAGGGGGGCAAAGGUCAGAACUGAUCCAAGAUGGCGGCGGUCACGGAGAGGUUCCAGCAGUUGUUUGUAGUAUGGAUAGUUCUUUCCAUAACCUCGUCAGUGGCUGUUGAUCGAAACAAUUUCAAAACCUGCAGUCAGAGCUCAUUCUGCAAGAGGCAAAGGAAUGUGAAACCUGGGAGUUCCCCAUACAGAGCACUGCUUAAUUCAUUGGAGCUUACAGAGAAAAAUAUCAAAGUACAGUUAAUAAAUGAAGUUAACAAGGUUCCUUUAUUACUUGAAAUAUAUGGACUUGAAGGAAAUAUGACAAGAAUAAAAAUUACUGAGCUGAACCCUUUAAAACCACGAUAUGAGGUUCCAGAUGUUCUCAUUCAAGAUCCCCCUACACUUCCACUGGCCGUGACUGGCCGUGAUGACAACAGUAUUGAGCUUGCCUUGAGUCAAACGGAUCAUCGCCUGAUCAUCACUUCCAAGCCUUUCCGACUGGAUAUCAUGGCAGGCAAUGAACUGGUGCUUAGUGUCAACUCCAGGGGACUCCUGGUCUUUGAGCAUUUACGUCAACGCAAGGACACUUUCUCGGAUAAAAUAAGUAGCACAGUCGGUAGCAUGUGGGAUAGGAUCAAGAGUCUUUUCUCUAGUGAAUCUAAACAAGAGAAUUCAGAGAGUGAGGCAGAGAAGCCAGAAGAUGGUAAUAGUGAGCAGUUAGACGCAGCUGAAAAGGUAGACGAAGCUGAACCAGAAAAAAAUGAAAAGGAUGAAGAUACUGAAAAUGGAAUGUGGGAAGAAACAUUUAAAACACACAGGGACAGCAAACCUAAUGGUCCUACAUCCAUCAGCUUGGACUUUUCACUUCCAGGAUUUGAAAAUGUAUAUGGCAUUCCAGAACAUGCGGAUAACCUAAAACUUAAAACAACAGAUAAUGGUGAUCCAUAUCGGCUAUACAACCUGGAUGUAUUCCAGUACGAAUUAUACAAUCCUAUGUCCCUGUAUGGAGCAGUUCCCCUAAUGCUUGCCCACAAUGCCCAAAGAACACUUGGUAUUUUCUGGUUAAAUUCAGCUGAGACAUGGGUGGAUAUAAGUUCAAACACUGCUGGCAAGACUGUUUUUGGUAAGAUGUUGGAUUAUGUGCAGGGAUCUAAAGAAGCACCCCAGACUGAUGUACGCUGGAUCUCUGAAAGUGGCAUUAUAGAUGUGUUUAUACUAUUGGGACCCAAGUCUACUAAUGUUUUCCACCAGUAUGCUUCACUGACAGGAACACAAGCUUUGCCCCCUUUGUUUACAAUUGGAUAUCAUCAGUGCCGUUGGAACUAUAACGACCAGGAAGAUGUGCGUAAUGUUGAUGCAGGGCUUGAUGAUCAUGAUAUUCCUUGUGAUGUUAUCUGGCUGGACAUUGAACACACUGAUGGCAAGCGCUAUUUUACUUGGGAUCCAAACAAGUUUCCAAAGCCCCAAGAUAUGCUUCAGGAGCUUGAGGCAAAGAAAAGAAAGAUGGUCACCAUCGUGGAUCCUCAUAUUAAGGUAGACAGUGGGUAUAAGAUCUACAACGAAAUUCGAUCACAUGAUUUGUAUACCAAAAGCAAGGAUGGCAAUGAUUAUGAAGGCUGGUGCUGGCCAGGAAAUGCUGGAUACCCUGACUUUACUAAUCCAGAAAUGAGAUCCUUGUGGGCCAAAAUGUUUGCUUAUGAUCAAUACGAGGGAUCUAGAGAGAAUCUUUAUACCUGGAAUGAUAUGAAUGAGCCUUCAGUGUUUAAUGGACCCGAGGUCACCAUGCAUAAGGAUGUUGUACAUAAUGGUGGUUGGGAGAACAGAGAUGUUCACAAUCUGUAUGGAUAUUAUGUGCAAAUGGCAACAGCAGAAGGUCAAGUGCUUAGGUCAGGUGGCAAGGAGAGGCCAUUUGUCCUGACAAGAGCGUUUUUUGCUGGAUCACAGCGCUAUGGGGCUGUUUGGACUGGUGACAAUGCUGCUGAGUGGGAUCAUCUCAAGAUUUCCAUUCCUAUGUGUUUAAGCCUUGGGUUAGCUGGAAUUUCCUUUUGUGGAGCUGAUGUUGGAGGUUUCUUCAAGACUCCAAGCACAGAGUUGUUGGUCCGUUGGUACCAAAUGGGUGCGUACCAUCCAUUUUUUCGGGCUCAUGCCCACCUGGAUACACCAAGACGAGAACCAUGGCUAUUUGGGGAAGAAAACACUAAACUGAUCCGCUCUGUAGUUCGUGAGCGUUAUGCACUCCUUCCAUUCUGGUACACUUUGUUCUACAAUGCAUAUCGCACUGGAGUGCCCGUCAUGAGGCCGUUGUGGGUUGAAUUUCCUGCAGAUGUUACAACAUUUGCAAUUGAUAAUGAAUUUAUGCUUGGUAAUGCGUUGUUAGUUCAUCCUGUCGCUGAAGAAGGCUCAAGGGGUGUCACGGCUUAUCUCCCAGGCACUGGAGAGGUUUGGUAUGAUGUUCGUUCUUUCCAGAAAUACAUUGCCCCCCAGCAGCUGUACAUACCUGUCACCAUGAGCUCGGUACCAGUUUUUCAGCGUGGUGGCACCAUUAUACCACGAAAGAAUCGUGUUCGGAGGUCAUCAUCUUGCAUGAUAAAUGAUCCAUAUACUUUGUAUGUGGCACUGAGUUCACAGAAUACAGCUGACGGAGAACUCUAUGAAGAUGAUGGACACAGUUUUAACUUCCAAACCAAAAAAGAAUAUAUUCACAGAAAAUUCACCUUUAUCAAUAAUAUCCUUACCUCAAGUAAUGCCGACAACAGCAGCCACUUCACAACAAAAGCCUGGCUUGAGAAAGUGGUGGUGAUGGGAGCACAGAAGCCCAGCAAAGUGCAUAUACAGAUGAAAGAUGGAAGUACCUCAGAAGUUGAAUAUGAAUUUGACGCUGCAACUUCGAUAUUAACGCUUCGCAAACCAGCUGUUAAUAUUGCUUCUGAUUGGACCAUCCUUUUGCGGUAAUGCACCCUGCUUUGCUGGACUGACCGACUGACAGACAGACAGGGACCAGGGUGCUGCUACAAAAAAAUUACCACUCUGAGGAAGUAGAAGCUUCUGAUAGACAAAUGCAAAUCAGAGUCUCAUCCUGGAGAUCAUGUUGCCUCCCUACUCCUCCCCGUGCAAGAAAGACCAAGAUGAUGCCUUCUUUUCCACCCUGUCCAUCUUAUUUCAUUGCUACUUAUGCUAACGGUUAAUGACGCAUCAACGAUUUGUCUGUGUAGAACAAAUCCUACUUGUUUCUCAUGAUUUCCAAUUGUGAAAGAGUAAAUUAAGUUUUUUGGGUUUUUUUCUUUUUAUUACAGCUUAUCUUCCUCAAGGGGUUGAAAUAUUAAAUUUCAUUUUGGGAAUUUAAACUAUUGUUUCUUCUUCUGAACUUCACUUACAGAGGCAAAAAUUAUUUAGUCUGUAUACGAAGUUAGACAUGUUUAUAUUUUGAAACUAACAUGAAAAAGUAUCCCAAAUCGGCUUUUAAUGUUCUAUAAACUGCAGUUUAAACUUGUCCUUCUGCAUGGGACCAGUUGUACCAAAAAGCUUUUAGGCCUCUUGCUGUUCACAUGAAAUGAGUGCUGGCUUUCUUGCUUUAAAUGACAUUUUGUCUUUCACAGCCACAUCCAGUGAUUGGGUUUGUUUUGUGUGUAGUGUACUGUAUCCCUGGCUCUUGACAAAAUCUCCAGGAAUGUGUAAAACAAAGCAGCAAAAUAUAUCAAUAACUGUAAGAAAGGUUUAAGUGUCUCUACCCCCUACCAAGGUAGUAUGGAGCAAGUUUUGCUUCUCUCACAAGACUCUGUAACUCAGUCAGGAAACAGGGAUUUUUAAUUGUCCUUUUUAUGUAGUAUUGUAAUGGAUGAAAGUGUAAUUUAAAUAUGAGCUGUAAAGUUAAACAACACAGUAAUUUUUUGCACCUUUUUCUUAUCAACUACUUGAUGGUGCUCGUUAGCAUUUCUUCAGAACUGCUUUCUUGUUUUUGUUAAUGUUUAAAUGCUGUUUGAGAUCAAAACUGGUCAUUCCAUCAGUCGGUCAGUCAGGCUGCCUUUAGUUUUAAUUAAUUUGGUGAAGGACUAUAAUAAAGGAAGACAUAGGGCUGAAGUUGUUACCUUUAGUGAAGAUAUUGAAUUCAGAAGUCUCAAUUUAUUCAUCAGUUAACCCCAGAAUGUCACCUCCUAAUAUCUUUUCAUCUGUAUAAUUUAGCAAAUAUACAAAUUGGCUUGUGAAUGUUUUAUCCUAUGGAUUUGGCCUUUUAAACUUUCAGUUUGAGUGUGAUAGAGUAUGACCUCUUUUCUGAUCUUCAGUGGCACUAUCACCACAAACCUUUUGUUUUAUCAUGUUUGGUUCACAAAAACAUAAUUCUGUUCUCCCUCACCCUGCCUCUCUUUAGUUUGCCAGUUCUGAUUGUUUCAUGUUUAAUAUUUAGAAGCAUUUUUUAUCAGAAUAUUUUUUAGAAUUCCAUAAUAUGUUUCUAUCCAUUCCAUUUUUUUCCUUGCAAUUUCCAAACCCACUCACCAUCCCCCACAAACCCCAAACCAUCCUUCACACAGGUUUAUACAUCUUACUUAAUCAAAUAUUUGUUUGCUAUCCAAAUAAGUAGCUGGUGAAGACAUUUUUGCCUGAAGUGGCAGUGUUUUGAUAUUGAAGGUUUUUGGUCCCCAAACAUCUUUAUUUGUGUCUCUCCUUCUCUUCUGUAUUUUUUUUUUUUUGGUCUGCUUCUGUUAAACAUUCCAGUUUAGUGGCAGUGAAAAGAUGUGUUAAUGAAGUGACCAGUUAUCACAAAAUGCACUCUGUUGAGGGGGCGAAUGUGGUGUUUCAUUAUGUGUCUGUGUGGCUCCCAUCUGUCAAAGUAAAUAAAGCCAUAUUUAUGUAAGAGGGUAGGGAGACUGAAUGCCUUGCUAACAUUUGGUUACCAGCCACACAUUUCCCAUUAUUACUGUAUAGGUGGUUUUAUUUCCAGUUUUUUUCUUCUGUUUUGUCAGUGUAUACAUUUUUAUUAUUAACUUCUCUGUGAUACUAGUACCAUCAUAAAGCACUUUACCUCAUUGGUGAAAUAAAGUAAUAAUAUGUGAUAUGCUUGUUUUAAAACGUUUCAGUUUUUUUUAAGCAAAUCAGGUAGGUAGUCCAGUCUUCUUGAGUUCUUAAGGUAUUGGCAACUCCAUUUUUUAUAUAAUGUACAGGCACCUGGAAUUGUUAAAUUAUGAGUUGACUAGAGAAUGAAAUUCUGAGCCAGAAAUGCCCUCUUUAGCUUAUGCCGAUUUGCUACAGUAUUACAGCUUGGCAUUUAAUUAUUUUUUUUUCCCUUCUGUUUUGCUCUCUGUUGUGAAUGCUGUUUUGUUUUUCAGGAGAGCAGGGUCAGAUUUCAGUUUUCCUCAGACAUGAUAUUCGGAGUGCAUGCACUAUCUUUGCUGCUAAUUGGUUUACAGAUUAAGAGAUAUAGAUGGUGCUCAGUGACACAAAUUAAACGAAUUAACUGUGGGUGGGGGAGGGUGGCAAUUUUUUUUCUCCUCGGUUUUGGUCAUUUGUUUAAAAAAAAUGCUGUUUCUGACAUUUUGAUAAAAGAAUAAAAGUAAAAUUUGAAAAA